GCUUGUGAAGAUGGAGAUCGAGGCGAAGCAGCGGAGCCAGAAGAAUCGGCGACGGGAGCGGGCGCAGCGCAUGCUGGCGCAGAGGGAGAGCCUGGCCACCGCGAAGCAGCAACAGUCGCAGCAGUCGCGACAACGGCCUCCGAACGAUGAAGAGGACAGCCACAGCGGCGAGGACGAGGACCCUGCCGGCGGUGGUGUCGGUGGCGGUGCCAAGACCGGUCACCCGCGGGACAGCCACUCGCGACCGCCCAGGCCACCGCGACCCCCGAGACCGCGCAAGAAGUCUUCCCUCGCGGCCGCCAACCAGAAGGAGCCACCUUUCGAGGAGGACAUUAUCGACGGAUUCGCCAUCCUCGCCUUCCGCUCCUACGAGGAACUCGAGAGUGCAAUAACGUUAGCUGGUAAAAAUAAUGUCAAGAAAAUACAUUCAUUGCUAUCAAUAGUGGAUGAAAAACCAAAGCUGGAUACCGGACAGAAUAACAGGCACAACGAGCACCACAUCAAAAACAAUUUCAAGCACAACCAUUAUACACAUAAUUCCAUACUGACACCCUCGACACUAAACCAGGGCCUAGAUGCAGGUACAAGCGACGAUAGUGGCAGAGCGUCUGAACAGUUGCACGGCCCUGGUAUACCUAGGGAUUGCCAGGACGCAGACAGUUCUAGGGACCAUCUCAGCGAUGCUAGCAGUCAUUGCAGUUCGGGUAAAGGUUAUAUCUGUGAUAGUGAAGGAGAAGACGAUAAGGGCUCGGAUGCCGAAUCUAUACUCUUUGAAUCUUCUACUUCACCACCUCUCACACGUAAAUACGAAUUGCCAUCUUCUUCGCCACACAUUUUACCACCCACAAACGGGGCAGGUGGAUCUCCACCGGACACGGGUGGUCAAACUUCUAAUCCAGCAACGAAUGCUCCGGCACCUAUACCACCUCCUGUGCCUGCGUCUGCACCAGUUCCAACAGCGCCGAGUCCUCCUAGCCCCACGUUGCCUCCACACAUAUCCCAGCCUUCUAUGACUAGUCCUUUGGCAGCGAACCCACGUGCAAUAGCUCCGCAACAGCGGCCAGCUUCCCCCGCUCUGCCUCCACCCUCCCUAUCUCAGCAACCGCACACUACGAUACCUGCAUUACAUCCACCUAUUGGGUCCCUCGUCUCGAGUCACACAACUAGUCCAGCGGUAGCCAGUUUAGGUGUUACGCCAGCAGCACCAUCGAACGGAGCGGCCACUACAAGUUAUCCACCUCCUAUUCCUAUAGCCGCGUAUCCACAGACACAACCAUCGUAUCCACCGCUCUACACCCCGUAUACCGCUCUAAAUCACAGCCCGUAUCUUCCGCCUGCGGUACCAUCCCCUUCUCAUUCUGCUUCAUCGCGCGCUGACGUGAGAGGGAGUAGAGCUUCUCCCUGUACCAACAUAAGUAAACAGACUAUAGGAAAUAACCUCGUGAGUCACAAUAAUACUCCACUGAGUGCUGCCACCACAACAUGCGUAUCCACUAUAACUAAUACAGUUACCACGGCAAAUACUAUCGCUCAUAGAGACAUGGUGGCCUGCAGUCUAUCCGGACGAAAUAAUAACUCUCCACGUGGACAUAGCCCCAGUCGAGAAAGGGAUAGUUACAGCAGUAACGUGAGUAGUCUAAGUCGGGGCAGCAUAACGCCUGUUAGUGUGCCAAACACCUCCUCGCCAGCCAAUUCUAGUCUACCUACAUAUACCAAGCCACAAAGUUGGAUUAGCAGCAACACAGCUCCCCAGUUGUCUCCAGCAACAGCUACAUCUGUUCCGAGGCCAACUCCACCACCGGUACCACUCGGCAUACCACAUACAUUUCCACCACCGAUGUUCGCAACGCCUUUACCGCCGCCAGUGUCUAGCUCAAGCCCCCAUACUUCACUGCCCUCGCUUCCCCCACCGACGACCAAUCCCAAUCCGUUUUCUGCAGAGUCUCUGUUCCAAACAAAAGGGGUGACACAUGUUGCAGGUCAGGCUGAUCUUCUGAGGAGAGAACUUGAUAAUAGGUUCUUAGCGUCUCAAGACAGAAAUGUUGGUGUUGGAGUGGGGAAUUUGGGUCCAGCGUAUCUUCGAACGGAAAUGCAUCAUCAUCAACAUCAACACACGCAUGUACAUCAGCACACAACACCGUUGCUGCCAACAGCUACAACAUCUACACUUUUUCCACCUCCAAUUUUUAAGGAUAUCCCAAAAUUGGGAGGAGUUGAAUCGCCAUUUUUUCGUGGAAACUUAAACCUUUCUGGUUAUUCCGGUUUUAACACUGGCCUUCUUCAUCCCGGAAUUGGACCGCCUUCGACACCUUUUGUGCCCCCUAAUCACUUGACUCCGUUUGCGCCAAAGAAAAGUGGAAAGUGGAAUGCGAUGCACGUGCGUAUUGCGUGGGAGAUAUAUAAUCAUCAACAAAAACAACAGGCUGAAGCUAAAGCGGGAAGUGUCGUUAGUACCAAAACUGAGUUAUUAAGACCACCGAGCCAUCUUUAUCCCGGGGGACCAGCCAGUGGUCUUGGACUCGGUGCACCAUCAAUGGCACCUCCGUUUUCCACUAAUAUACCAUCUGCCCAUCCUGCACCACCUCCACCACAUCCUGUCGGUUUUCUUUCUACAACGGCCUCACAUUUAGGUAAUAGAGGAGCAGGAUUAUCUCCCUUUGGAAGAUAUCCUUCAACAUUCGGCGCGCCGAAUCCUAACUUUCCAAACCUUUCAACUUUUCCACCAAGAGAAAUGCCUCCUCUAGGUGGACUUGGUUCAGUACACGAUCCAUGGCGAGGAUUGCAACGCGCUACUACUGGAUUUCCACAGACUACUGUUUCGUGGGGAUUAAAACCAGAACCUCCUGCGAUAGACAGACGCGCCGAGCUGGAAGAACGGGAGCGCGAACGUGAACGAGAAAGAGAACGCGAACGAGAACGUGAACGUGCCGAACGGGAACGCGAACGUAUCAGACGCGAAAGAGAACGAGAAAGGGAGAGAGAGGAACAACGUGAGAGAGAAAGGCGGGAACGCGAAAAAGAGGAAAAGAGGAAACAGCAGGAAGCAGCCGAACGGGAGCGAGAAAGGCGAGAUAAGGAGCGCCGCGAGAUGGAAAGACGUGAGAUGGAGCGUGAGAGAUUGCUUCAUCAGAAUCGACAACAUGUGGUUGCAUCUCGAGAUCGUUCGCCGCUCAGAAAUGGUUCGGCGCCUUUGGAUACUGGGGAAGUGCGCGUAAAGGAAGAACCACGCAGUAAAGACGACGAAGUUGUAAUGCUUCCACGACCACCAGUACCCGGUCCCGGAACGACGGGACCCGCGCCAGGACCUGGACCAAAUCCACUGCCCGAUCCGAGAUACCACCCGCAUGCCUAUCUUACGAGGCAUCCACAUGGUAUGCCAGCUUCGCAUUCUAUGCCACGUAGCAUGCUUCCCAGUUUAAGCGCACAUCCGAUGCAGCAUUUUCCACCGCCAACUGCGCCUGCCGGUCAACCGGGAGCCCCUUGGCCGGGCGAUCCUUUCCGAGAAUAUCGGUUCGAUACGCUGCAACAGUUACGAUAUAAUCCGUUAGUGGCAGCGUUCAGAGCUGAAGAAGAGGAACGAGCAAAACUGUAUGCUGGCUAUCCUCCACCGCCGGUGAAUACACUCAGGAGUAAGGACCCUAGUCCAGGUCCGCUCAGCAACUUGCAUAUGCAUCAUAGAGCAGGACCUGGUCCAGGAGUACCGACACGUCCGCUCGAAAAUACCCUUAUGCACGCGGAUAUUCACAAGAAAGAAGAUGGAUCGCAAUCCCGAUGAUACUUUAUUUCGGCGUCCUCGAUUUCUGCGAGCGAACGCACUGAUGGUCCGACCUUUUGAGCACCCCAUCCAGUUAACAUUCACGGAGUUUGGUGCUGAUAUUUUGCUAACAGAAAAAAG